AUGCUGUGGUAUUUGUUUGGUAGGAUUGCCGAUAAGGAAGGAAGUAGAAGUGACUUUGUGGCGGUGGGUCAGGUGGUAACGUGUUUUGGCUCCAAAGAUUGGGAGUUGCGAAUUAGAAAGGAGGGAGACCGUGCAUUUAUUUUCGUGGCGAGCGCGAAAGGAAAAUUUGAGAGGGUGGAAGACGGGAAGUGGCACGCUGUUGCUGUUAAAUCAAGCCUAAAGUCUCUCAGCCAGGACACAAUGUGCUUGGGCACAAGCUUAGGAGGGCAGUCACGAUGCACUUGA